AUGGGGGUGGCCUGGCGAGCCUUCCUCUCUAGGACCCACGAGCAUGCUGACCGUGGUCUUCCGCAGCCUCUGCUCCGUGCCCUCCUGCAGCGGCGCCUGCCCCACAGGAGCACCACCCAGCACAACCCGGUUCUGCAGUGUACCGCCGGCUCACCCCCGAGAGUGGGGACUAUGACGUUUACAGGCGCCGAGCCGCUUCUGGCCAACCAUCUCCAGGGCUCGGGAGUGACCAGCAUAAGGCUGCCCUGGCAGAACCGUCAACUGCGAAAAUACGGACUCUGCCCACGACGGCUUCGUGCACUUUUCCUCAAGUCAGUCACAAGGUCCGGGCUACAGUUCCUACUUCGCCACGAUUGCGUCAGUGUGCUUUUAGCCAAGUCAUCGAACUCCCGGGGCGCCUCGGCCUUGAAAGCGGAGGAGCCCUGUGACUCCAGGACUCAGUCUUGCCCCAGCGGAAGCGGCCAGGACAGGCGUUAUUCAGGGAGCUCCGGGGUCGGGAUGACCCUGAGGCAAGGAUGGGAGGAACAGGGCUCAGAGGAGGCCCACAUAAAGCAGGCCCUGGGCGGCGCAAGCACGGCUCUGGGCAAUGGGGACCGGCGGCAAGGGCUCGGGAACCCAGGAAAAGCCUCGGGCUCCGAAGGGCACACGGCGCACCUGCGGCUGGCGGCGAGGUCCGCGGGCCUCCUGGACAGCGUUCUGGGACGCUCUCGGGUCUCCAAACCCGACCUCACGGGCUCCGACACAGCUGCCACACGGCGUCUCCCAGCAGCUGGUGCUGGAGUAGCUUCACCCGGCACCACGGGUGUCUCGGGGCCUGCUGAGCCGGGCCGGGAGGCUCCACCGGACCACAACCCCGACGGCAUCCCCCAGAUGGCUCAGGGGACGCCGGGUUACCGCCGUACUGCUGCUGCAGGACCACCCCCGAGACCCGUCCGCGCCCAGGACCGCUCUGCUCCGUCCCACACCGCAGCUCUCCAGGGACCGCAGGUGCUCAGCAGGAACCCGCACAGAAACCGGGGCCUGGAAGCUGCUCCUAGGAGGCCGACGGCCGUGGCCCGGCUCCUUCCGACCCCCAGCACGGACCCGCACACACGGAGGCGCCCCUGGACGCGGGGCCUCCCCUUCCCCGGCACAGGAGUGACUCGCAACCCAGCGGCUGGAGCCCGGCCCGCCGCGUCCCCGCCUCCCAGUGCAAGCCGGGGCCUGGCUCAGGCCGGCACGCACACAGCGCAGCAGCGGAGGGGAGCACCGGCCCGGCCCCGGCGGAGAGGAGGCCCACCCCGCCCGCUCGGCCGCGUGACCCGCUCAGCCCCACGCUCCCGGUCGCGCACUCACCCGCCGCCGCCGCCGCCGCCGCCGCCGCCACGACCCGGCCGCAAACACGACUGCGCAGGCGCACCUCCGCUGGGCGGGGCCGGGCGGAACCACGCGCGCGGGGGGGGGCGCACCGGACGGAACCAUGCGCGGCGGGGGGGGGCGCACCGGACGGAACCACGCGCGGCGGCGGGGGGGGGGCGCACCGGGCGGAACCACGCGCGCGGGGGGGGGGCGCCCCGGGGGAAGUUCGCGGACCGAAGGAGCCGGGGAGCUCGCGCGUCGGCCGCUGCCCCCGAGGCACGUGUGCGUCCGGUCCGGGUUCCACGGCCCAGUCCCGGGACGGGACGCGGUGGCGGUGAGGCCUCGCUGGCUCCCGGGGGCGGACCGCAGCCCCACCCGCCACUGCCCCGCGCGGCUCCCGCUGGCUCCAACCCGCGGCUCGGAGCGACGCCAACCUCCGACAGCCGCGACACCCAGGGCCCCGGAAACGACCCAAACCCGCCGGUCCCCCGUGGGUCGCCGUUCCCCGCGACCGCCGCACCCCCACAGCCCCGGCUGCGGCCCCGGGAGGCUCCAGGCUCCCCCCGCACCACCGUCGUUGCGGGGCCCGCGUGUCUCCGACCCGCCCAGAGCCACCGGGGCGUCUUCGAGCAGAGUCCGGUCGGCGGACACCGACCCUUUCCGCGGAGCGACCUGGGGGCUCGUGCCCGCGCGGGCCUGACCCGCAGGGAAACGGAGACCGAACGCCGCGCAGGAGCGAGCGGUCCGGGCGGCGCCAUCGCAGAAGGGCCGCGGCCGCUGUCCGGGGCCGCCGCUCGGCCGAAGGUCGCGCGUCCUUCGCGACGGGUGGUCCGCGCCACGUCACGCGCCGCCGCAAGGGGGGACGCGACCGCGCGCGCCCCCGCCUCCGCCGCCCCGCGCCCUCCUGGGCGUCCCCGGCCUGGCCCCGGGCCGGCAGGGCGGAGAGGGGCCUGGGCCGCUGCCCGCGACGGCGCGGACCCGUGUCCCCCGCCGCGCUUCCCGCUCGCGGCCCAAGCCCGGCCCAGGCGCUGCGUGAGGACCGGGCGAAGCUGCGCGCCCAGAGCGAGCCCUUCCCGGGCGCCCGCGUCCGUUUUCCCGCCGACGCGACGGAGCCGGCGCCGCCCGCGCACUGAGCCGGCUGGGCCCGGGCCCUGCGCCUCCGCGUCCUUCCGCCUCCCGCUCCGCAGCCGCACGCGCCGCCGCGCCCGAACCCGCGCCGAGGCCGGGAGCUUGGCCGCCGGAGUCCCCGCGCCGGGCUUGCCCACGGACGGUCUCUCCGGCCCCGCAGGCGCCCACGCUGGCCCCGCGACGCUCGGGCCGCCGGAGCCGCUGGCCGAUCCGGAAGGCGGGACACCGGGGGCACCGGGGGCGCCGGCGGCCCGUCUCCGAAGUCGCGGCUGGGGGUUGCGGGAAGCCGGUGUCCCGCGAGCUUACCUCAGCCCGACGUGCGGGCUGAACCCGGGUCGAGGCGGUUUCCCUGCGGCGACCACGCGACCCCGGCAGCGCGCGCUCGGCUCCGCAGGGAGUCGGACUGGAUCCGCCUCGGACGACCGCGGGCCUCACGGGCGCGCGACCAGCCGCGGGAGGAGGAGGCUGCGGGGCUGCGGGCGGGAGUCGGCGUCUCCGGGCUUCGCUCUGGAAGCAGCGUGCGUGAGCGCGUCUGCGGGAGCGCGUGUGGGCGUGGGCGCGUGGGAACGUGCGUGA